CCGGGGGGCACUGUGUAUGUGUAACACGGUUGCCGGCGCCGACUUUAGACGGUUUAUGGGUUUUUUUCUCGCGUCGUGUUGCUGUUAACGCGGCCGGCCAGCGGCCUGCGGUGGAGCCUCCGCCGGGAUCCGCCGACUCGGCAGCCCGCCCCGCAGAGCGAAAAGCCUGCUUGGGCCAGUCUCUGCUCCCCUUCCCGAGGACUGUGACGGACUGCAGGAACAGCAGACCCACGGACUAUAUGCUUACUGCUGAGUUGGGGUUGGGGCUGGGGUUAGGUACCUCACUUUCACUUUGUUUCGGGCACUCCCGUGUUUGUUUGUUUUCCUGUUUGCUCUGACAUUUACUGGUAUAGUCUGCCACGUGAUUGAGGUAGCGCCGUUGAGUCUGGGUGUUGGCCUCCGGGUACAGUAACGAGCCGGGUGGCAGCAUGGCCGAUGAAACCGAGAAACUGUCGCUACGGCGACUGGAGCAGCCCAUCCAGAAGUUCAUCAAAGUGGCCAUCCCCACUGAUCUGGAGAGGCUGCAGAAGCACCAGAUGAACAUCGAGAAGUUCCAGCGAUGCCAGCAGUGGGACAGGCUACACCAAGAGCACAUCAACGCCAGCCGCACGGUGCAGCAACUGCGGGCAAACGUCCGGGAGAUGGAGAAGCUGUGUGGGCGUGUACGGAGGGAGGACGCCCUGGCUCUGGAGAAGAUGGUGCAGCCGACCCGGGAUCGUGCCUCUGAAGCCGUGCAGGACUUCCUGGGCCUGCUCGCCGACGCCAAGCCACAGCCUGGCCCCUCAGCCCCCGCCCACGCAGACGCCAUGCGAGGGAAAACCCUCAAUGUUGCGGAAGGAGAGCAUCCCCCUGCCACACAGGCCCAACUCCUCCUGCCUGAGAUCCCUGAGCACCAGAACGCAGCCGAGUCCUGGGAGUCACUGGAGGAGGACCUGCUGGAACUGAACGGCCUGGUGAACGAAUUCUCGGAACUGGUCCAUUCCCAACAGGGGAAGAUUGACAGCAUCGAGGACAACAUCAGCAGAGCUGCUGGAAACGUCGAGGAAGGGACCCAAAGCCUGGGGAAGGCGGCGAAGUACAAGAUGGCAGUGCUGCCGCUGGCGGGAGCCCUGCUGGGCGGGGUGGUGGGCGGCCCUCUGGGGCUGCUGGCGGGCUUCAAGGCUGUGGGUGUGGCAGCCGCCGUUGGCGGAGGUGUCCUUGGCUUUGCUGGAGGGAGCCUCGUUCAGCGCACCCAGCGGGCCAAGGUGGACCUGGAGCUCCAGAAGGUCUCUGGUGCAGAAGGGGGCUGCAAGAAGGACUGACCCCCCCGCGGUCUCCCGCCCUGGCCAUGUCCUCCCACAUAUGCUGUUUGACAACCUGGACAGGGCCUGCAGCAUCCUCCAUGCUGGAUAUAGCCUUGUACGCUUGUGGGAGGAACCAAAGCCGAGCUAAAAAGCCCAUCAGGUUACAGCAAAUCUGCUUCCAAUCACAGACUGGAGCUCAAAUUCUUUGAGGAGCAGCAUUGGGAUUGAUUUAAGAAGUGCCAGAAGAAUUUUGAUUUUCUUUUUUAAAGACUUGAAAGUACUGAAUGUAAUUUAAGUAAUAUACAGCAAUACACAGUGCAAGGGAGACCGGCAGACUUAGUCAGAUUGUGGACUGGGUCCAGCCUUUCAGUCACGCCUGUCCUCUGAGUGACAGUCCUCCAUCCCUGCACCUGUUUCCUUGGUACCUCAUGCACUUUUCGGACAUGGACCCAGUCAGCAAUAUGGGUGAAAGUGACAUUAAAAGCUUGGUGUGAGCAGCACUAAACUGGGAGUAGGGGUCACAGCCUCGCCUUCUGUUUCCACCAAAGCAGUAGGUGCCAUUCGAGGAGCCCCUUCAAAUCCAGCCUGAACUGAGGCCCGUGACCAGUGACGGCGCAAAAUGAGCCCCUUCGCUCGCAGAAGCGUGAUUCUCUGGCCUGGCCAAUGAGAGUGAGCAUGAGAGUGCAGGGCAGGGAGGGGGGCCCAGACGACAAUCUCCAGCACACCCAGCCAACCCCCCCACCCCCAAUUCAUUCAUAUCGAUUCCGACUUUGAGUAACUUUGUCAUAAGUGGAGCCAGUACUUCUGUGUAGUGUGUCUGGCCCCUUCAUUGUACUGGUACCUUCAUGUGGUUAUUCGCAUACUUUGUCACACGUGGCACAAACACCCUUAAUGUCACACCACAGUCAGAAAUAACUGUAGCUCACUCAUGUUUGCCUGUGUUCGUGUCUUACUGCUACUGGCUGACAUCAAGUUGUCCUCAUUAUUGUUCUAAAUGUUUUUUUUUUUUUGAUCGUUCAUCUGGGAACCACCACAGGCCGAGCUGCAGCAUUCCCUUAUCAAGUAGGAUUCGGUCUGGACCGCACUGCCGCCCUGCUGAUGGCAUAGCAUGUGGACUGAAGCUGUUUUGUCAUAACUGCCAAAAAUAAACAGACUCUUUGCCAAAGCCA